UUGAUGGGUGUGCUUCAGUGUGUUUGUAGAAAUGAAUCUAUAAUUACUUUCUAAUCGCAAAAAAACAAAUAAAUAAAUUUACGUACAUUUUAUCAGCAAGAAUUUAUCAUAAGUAAAUCAGUAAUGUAAUAAUCUACAAAUAAUAUAUCUACAAAAACAUCACGAAUUAAUUCCAUUUGCUCAAUGUUUCAGUUGAUGCAAUUACUCAAAGUCGAUAUAGAUCUCAAAAGUGAACACGAAGAGUUAAAAAAAAAGUGAACGGUACAGAAAAAUUUAAAAGCAAAAUUUCAUUGAUAGAUAAACAAAAAGAAAAGAACGUGAAAUGAACGAAAGUAGUGAUAAAGUUAGUCGAUUUCGACGAAUUUUGCCACAGGUUAUAGCAACGACGGUUAAGAAUUUUCUUAUGUUCGAUGUCGGCUUGAACAUUGGAUUGCCAACAGUUUUGGUGGCAGCAUUAACACAUGUUUCAAAUGAACACAAUCAAAAUGAAUCGCUAUCAAUAACACCAGCUUUAGCUAGUUGGUUAGGAAGCGUAAGCUACCUUUUUCAACCUAUCGGGAGCAUGUUAUCUGUAUUUAUCACAGAUCCACUUGGUCGAAAAAGAGCGAUGAUUAUUGUGAACAUUCCAUUGGCAUUUGGGUGGUUCAUCUUAUAUAAAGCAAACAGCGUUUGGGCAGUCUUUUUGGGGUCGAUCGUACUCGGUUUGUCUGUAGGGCUACUUGAAUCACCCAUCUACGUUUAUUUGGGGGAAAUCUGCCAACCAUCAACGCGAGGUGUUUUAUUCGCUUAUUCACGAAUUUACACAACAGCUGGUAUAUUCACCAUUUUCCUCCUAAACACAUUGAUGCCAUGGAGAACAGUUGCAUUGAUCUGUUUUGCACUGCCCAUUAUCACAGCGAUAGCUUUGUUAUUUGUUCCGGAGACACCCAUUUGGCUAAUUUCCAGAAACCGUCAAGAAGACGCAUUGAAAAGUCUUCGGUGGCUGAGAGGAUGGGUUCCACGUCACAUUGUAGCACAAGAAUUCAUUGAAAUACAAGAGAGCAGUGAACGAUCAAAAUGGUGUAAUUCGUGUAUUAAACAAAAUCAAAAGUGUCAACAUCCACCGCCCACAUUCAGCGAACGAUUCAUCGAAUUAAAACGAAAACGAACGCUCAAACCAUUUGCAAUUGUAGGGGGUUUAUGUUUUUUGUCGCAAUUUACGAGCGUGUUGGCAAUGCGACCAUUUAUUGUGCCAAUUCUUAAAGCAUACCAGACCCCAAUUCCAGCCGAUCAAGUAGCGGCUAUGAUGGGUUUUCUGGAUAAUAUUGGCGCUGUGAUGUUAUUCUUUUUAAUUCAUUUCAUGGGCAAGCGAAAACUUUACAUCACAUCUAUUUUGGGAGUGUUUCUAUGUUCUCUCAUUCUAUGUGUAUACGGAUACAGUUAUUUACCUAGCGGAUGCAUUUCAUUUGAUAAAACACGAACAUUUGAAAUGGAAAACCAAACACUCACUUAUAUUCCAGUAGUUUGUCUCACAUUGUGGAGUUUCUUUUCAUUCCUUGGCAUUAUUGUAAUGCCUUGGAUGCUGCUUUCCGAGAUAUUUCCCUUAAAAUCUCGUGGAAUCGCCAGCAGUAUCUCGGCGGCGUUAAACUAUUUCCUUGGUUUCAUCAGUAAAAAGACAUAUUACGAUUUGGAAACAUCGUUUUCACUACCCGGAAUGGCAUUAUUUUACUGCAUUCUAUCUGGUUGUGGAUUGAUUUUGAUGUAUUUGAUUCUACCGGAAACAGAAAAUCGAUCACUAGAAGACAUUGAACGUCACUUUUCGGAUAAUUCUAAAGGACUGACUGAUCGCAACAUCGUAAUAUCAAAGCGGAAAAGUAAGAAUGAACCAAAUGAUGAUGAUGCGGAAAAUUCUCAAAAGACCAACUCAUCGCAUAUGAUUACCAAUUGCAGUGCGGUGUUUGAAAAUAAAAAUAGAAGCAAUGAAUCAGCUUACGAAAAUAGGGGCUUUGAAAUAGAACUCUCCAAAUUGUGAUAAUGGACAAUUCAAUAUAAACAUUUAAUCAUAAACAAAAUAAAAAAGCGAUCCAAACAUUUUAUUCUACAACAA